CCUCUCUACAUUCGAAUUCACGUGCGAGCACAUGGCAGUACGUGAAUGUCAAGCGUAAAUUCUGAUCCGUAAUCAAUUUUAUUGUAUUUCCUUGAUCCGUGAAAGAACCCAGUUUCAAAGAUGCCAAAAUCGAAGAGAGAUAAAAAGAUUUCCCUCACUAAAACCAAUAGAAAAGGUUUGGUUUUGAAACAACGGAUUAUGGAAGAUGUUAAGAAAUGUGUGGAAGAAUACAGUCGCGUAUUCCUAAUUUCCAUUCAAAAUACACGCAACACUAAGCUUCUUGAUUUACGUGCUGAAUGGAAAGAUAGUAAACUUUUCUUCGGAAAGCUCAGAAUAAUUGCAUUGGGUCUGGGAAAAUCCAAGGAAACCGAGAUUGCUGAAGGUAUACAUAAGUUAGCUAACGCAAUGAAGAAUCACUCUAUGAAAGGCCAGUGUGGUCUGUUAUUUACCAAUAGACCAAAAAAACAGGUAAUAGAUUGGGCAAAUGAAUAUGAAGAAAUGGAGUACGCCCGUUCUGGAUUUGUAACACCUGAAACAGUGGAGUUACCUGAAGGACCUCUGCCACAGUUUCAACAUAGCAUGGAACCACAGUUAAGACAAUUGGGUAUGCCUACGUCGUUGCAAAAAGGAGUUAUCACCUUGCUCAAACCAUUCACAGUUUGUCGGUCAGGUGACACACUGACUCCGGAGCAGGCACAAAUUCUGAAAUUAUUAAGUAGACCGUUGGCAGUUUUUAAACUGCUGCUUUUGGGAGUAUACACGAAAAAACAUGGUUUUAAGAAACUUAAAGUACCAGAUGAUUCAGAGGAAAUGGACGUAGAAAAUGAUGAUGAUACGUGAAAUUUAAAUGUAUAGUUUUUAGGAAAAAAAUGUAUAUACAAUUUUAUACAUAAAUAUAUUUCUUUAUUUGUAA